GGAGGGAUUGACGGGGCCAAGAGGGCGAGUGAAGCGGCUUAUGCGUGUGGCAAGGCUGACCCGCUAGUUGGGAAGAGGGUAACGGGGGACGAAGACGAAGGUCGUCUCUCUUCCCCAGACGGAUAUUUGCAUAUAAGGUUCUCUCUAAAUAGCAUAAACGCUCCUUAGGAGCAGCCGAGACUCUUCGGAAACACGCGUGUCUGCGAGUUGCAUGUGUGCAUGCUGUUGCAAGAUUUUUUGGGCGGCAAGUCCGUACCAGAAGGACUUCCUUCCAAUUAAGACCAGUUUAAGGGAUUGGGCUGGCAGCAAAUAGUUCCAGUGUAAUGAGGCUGGAGGGAGAGAAAAGUGUAGGGAUGAGAUCGGAGGAGAUGCUAGCAAUGCUGAAGCAAGUUUCCUCGGGUGUGUGUCAGCAAAAGGUCUUAAAUCUGAAGGGACAGGAUGGCUGAAGUGUGGGAUAACAGCCUUUGUGUGCAUCCCUGGCUGGGCUGAGAAAGCCAAAGGACCAAAGAAGUUGAGUCCUGAUUCCCCAAAAUGCAGUAUUCACACCACUGUGAGCAUCUCCUGGAAAGGCUGAACAAACAGCGAGAGGCAGGUUUCCUGUGCGACUGCACCAUCGUUAUUGGUGAAUUUCAGUUCAAAGCUCAUCGAAAUGUGCUGGCUUCCUUCAGUGAGUACUUUGGGGCUUUUUACAAGGACACGUCAGACAGUAACGUAGUUUUGGAUCAGAAUCAAGUGAAAGCCGAUGGAUUUCAGAAACUUCUGGAGUUCAUAUAUACAGGAAAUUUAAACCUUGACAGCUGGAAUGUUAAAGAAAUUCACCAGGCUGCUGACUAUCUCAGAGUGGAGGAGGUGGUCACUAAGUGUAAAAUAAAGAUGGAAGACUUCGCUUUCAUUGCCAAUCCCUCUUCUACAGAAACCUCUAGUAUCACCGGGAACAUUGCAUUGAACCAGCAGACCUGCCUUCUCACCCUUCGCGACUACAAUAACCAGGAGAAAUCCGAUGCCCCUUCGGCAGAGGCCGUUCAGCCCCCAGCUUCAAAAGCAUCUCCGGAAAAGAAAUCUGCUCAAGGCAAAAAGCGGAAGAAGGCCUUUGGCUCUCAGAAAAACCCGCUGGACAAGCCGGCUCAGUAUCCAAGCGAUGUAAUCGAGAACUCCUCGGGGGAGAUGUUCUUUGAUGCAAAUAAACUGGCCACCGAGAUAACAGAGCAAGCCGCCCAGGGCGGGGAGAAUUCUGAGCUGCAGCUGACGCCUGUGGUGGAGAGCGAAACUUUUACUGCCCAAGAGAUCCUUGCCCAGGAGAUCCUUCUCCAGACUAUGCCCAUGAAACCCAAGCAGGGAAAGGCGCAGCAGGGUUGUGCGUUGAAAGAGCACUGCUUGUCCAAUAUCUCCAAUGACAAGAAUUCUUACCAGUUGGAGAGCUUGGGGGAGGAACUGGAUCCAAAAUACCCCAAGGCAAAGCCGGUGUGCAACACCUGCGGGAAGGUGUUCUCCGAAGCCAGCAGCCUGAGACGGCACAUGAGGAUCCACAAAGGAGUCAAGCCGUACGUGUGCCAGCUCUGCGGGAAGGCCUUUACUCAGUGCAAUCAGCUGAAAACGCAUGUAAGAACUCACACAGGUGAAAAGCCAUAUAAAUGUGAACUCUGUGACAAAGGCUUCGCUCAGAAAUGCCAACUAGUUUUCCACAGCCGGAUGCAUCACGGAGAGGAGAAACCAUACAAGUGCGAUGCCUGCAACCUACAGUUUGCCACUUCAAGCAACCUGAAGAUCCAUGCGAGAAAGCACAGUGGGGAGAAGCCAUAUGUCUGCGAUAGAUGCGGUCAGCGGUUUGCCCAGGCAAGCACCCUGACCUAUCACGUGCGGCGACACACAGGAGAGAAGCCUUAUGUUUGUGACACCUGCGGGAAAGCCUUUGCCGUCUCCAGUUCACUCAUCACGCAUUCAAGAAAGCAUACAGGGGAGAAACCAUACAUAUGUGGCAUUUGUGGGAAAAGUUUCAUUUCUUCAGGGGAACUCAGCAAACACUUUCGAUCCCAUACGGGUGAAAGACCAUUUAUCUGUGAGCUGUGUGGAAAUUCCUACACAGAUAUAAAGAACCUAAAGAAGCACAAAUCAAAGGUUCAUGCAGGUUCCGAGAACCCCCUGGAUCCCAUCACGGUCGACCAUUCCUUCAGUGAUCAGGACGCCAUCACCUGUGAGAAGAGCCCUUUGCUGGAGUCCGCAGACGUGAAGCCUUCUGACAUAGCACUGCCUCUUCCCAUCGGGUCAGAGGACCACCAGGUGCUGUUGCCCAUAGUCGAGAGCCAGUCUCCCCCCUCGGACACGCUACUGCGGUCUACCAUCACUGGCUAUUCAGAACCUCAGUUUGUUUUCCUCCAGCAGCUGUACUGACACCAGGUGUCCCCAGGAAACGUUGGGAGCAAGGAGAUCGUGGGUAAAGUGAACGUAAUCAUGCAAGCUGUUUCGAAGCAGGACCUUGGCAGUGCACCUACAGGGUGCAGCUGUUUCUUUGUUACUUUUUAUUUGGAAGCACAGUUUAUAACUUUUUAUUUAAAAAAAAAAUCAUGCGUUUUUGCAUUUUCUAGGAUAUGGAAUACUUCUUUUUCCCCACACUAGUCCUUUGCCUUAAGAAUUCUCAGUUCAAUAAAUGUCCCUGAAUAGAGUUCCUUCAUUGUUUGCAUAGCA